UUGAGAGUACUGCAUGCUUUGCGUAGAGUAAUUACUGGAAAUUAUUUUAGAGCAUGCACUCUUACUAUAGACACGAAAAAUAAUAUACGCAUGCAUGGUGGAUUAUUAAUAGCAGAUCAUAUCAGACAACACUUCGGCGGUGUUCUGAAUAUAUAUUCUGCAAAAUCUGGUAAGACUCAUAUUGCUUCUCUUUUACCACCAAUUACAAGGUUUUUAACGAUGAAUCAAUCAAGAGGCUCACGUUCGGAUUUGGAGGCCGGCGGCAGCCGCUCCGGUGACUUGGACGGCGAGUCCUCGUCCAGUCCUUUUUACAUUGCCAGAACUAAGGAUGCUUCGGUCGAUCGCCUCAAGCGCUGGAGGCAAGCAGCACUUGUGCUGAAUGCUUCUCGUCGAUUCCGGUACACCUUAGACUUGAAAAAGGAAGAAGAAAAGCAGCAUACACUAAGGAAGAUUAGAGCACAUGCACAAGCCAUACGAGCUGCAUAUCUUUUCAAGGAAGCUGCAGAUCAACAAGUGAAUGGGAUUGUAGUACCGAAACCAAAUCCUACUGGCGAUUUUCCCAUUGGACAAGAGGAACUAGUUCCAGUGACGAGGGAUCAUAAUUUUGCUGCUCUUCAACAAUAUGGGGGGGUCACAGGCUUAGGGGACUUAUUGAAAACAAAUCUUGACAAGGGAAUUCAUGAAGAUGAUGCUGAUUUACUAAAACGGAAAAAUGCAUUUGGGUCGAACACAUAUCCUCGGAAAAAAGCAAGAAGUUUCUGGAGAUUUCUUUGGGAAGCUUGGCAAGAUCUUACUCUGAUCAUUUUGAUGGUAGCUGCAGUGGCUUCUUUAGCGCUGGGUAUAAAAACAGAGGGUAUAGAGGAGGGAUGGUAUGAUGGGGGCAGCAUUGCUUUUGCAGUUCUCCUUGUCAUUGUUGUCACAGCCGUUAGUGAUUACAGACAGUCUCUUCAGUUCCAGAAUCUAAAUGAGGAAAAGAGAAAUAUACAUUUGGAGGUCAUUAGAGGUGGUAGACGUGUUGAGGUCUCAAUUUAUGAUCUUGUUGUUGGUGAUGUUGUACCCCUUAACAUCGGCGAUCAGGUCCCUGCUGAUGGCAUUUUAAUAACUGGACACUCACUUGCGAUAGAUGAGUCUAGUAUGACUGGAGAGAGCAAGAUUGUACGCAAGGACUCCAAAAAUCCAUUUCUAAUGUCGGGCUGCAAAGUAGCAGAUGGAAAUGGUAGCAUGCUGGUAACCAGUGUUGGGACUAAUACUGAAUGGGGAAUGCUCAUGGCUAGUAUUUCAGAAGAUACUGGUGAAGAAACUCCUUUGCAGGUGCGCUUAAACGGGGUUGCAACUUUCAUUGGUAUUGUUGGACUCACAGUGGCUUUACUUGUCUUGAUAGUCCUGUUGGUUAGAUACUUUACUGGCCAUACAAAAAAUGCAAAUGGAAGCCCUCAGUUUAAAGCGGGAAAGACAAAAUUUGGAGAUGCCAUAGAUGGAGCCAUUAAAAUUGUUACUAUUGCGGUCACCAUUGUGGUGGUUGCUGUUCCUGAAGGGCUCCCAUUAGCUGUUACCUUGACGCUUGCCUACUCGAUGAGAAAAAUGAUGGCAGAUAAGGCCUUGGUGCGGAGGCUGUCUGCAUGUGAAACCAUGGGCUCUGCAACUACUAUAUGCAGCGACAAGACUGGAACCUUAACAUUGAACAAGAUGACUGUUGUUGAGGCUAUUACUGGUGGGGGGAAAAUCGAUCUCUCUGGCAGUAAGUCAGACGUGUCUCCAAUGCUAUCAUCUUUGCUUAUUGAAGGCAUUGCAUUGAAUACAAAUGGCAGUGUAUAUACGCCUGAGACUGGCGGUGAUAUAGAGGUUUCUGGAUCACCAACUGAAAAGGCAAUUCUGCAAUUGGGAAUCAAGCUCGGAAUGAAUUUUGAUGCCAUCAGGUCCAAGUCUUCAAUUCUUCACGUGUUCCCAUUCAACUCAGAGAAAAAACGGGGCGGUGCUGCUGUUAAAUUGCCCAAUACUGAAGUUCAUAUUCACUGGAAAGGGGCUGCUGAAAUAGUCUUGGCCUGUUGUACAAAGUACCUGGAUCCUAAUGACCAGUUGGUAGCUAUGGAUGAAGGCAAGUCAACCAUGUUCAGGAAGUCAAUUGAGGAUAUGGCUACCCGCAGUUUGCGUUGUGUUGCCAUUGCUUAUAGACCACAUGAAUUGGAAAAUGUUCCAGGUGAUGAACAACUAUCUGAGUGGGUGUUGCCUGAUGAUGACCUUGUCUUGCUUGCUAUUGUUGGUAUAAAGGAUCCUUGUCGGUCUGGGGUGGGAGAUGCAGUGCGACUAUGCCAAAAAGCUGGUGUUAAGGUACGCAUGGUCACAGGUGACAAUCUUCAUACUGCGAAAGCGAUUGCUAUGGAAUGUGGCAUACUUGCUCCAGAUUCAGAUGCUACCCAGCCAACUCUCAUUGAAGGAACAGCUUUCCGUGAACUUUCAGAUAAGCAGAGAGAAGAUUGUGCUGAAAAGAUUUCGGUGAUGGGGCGGUCUUCCCCCAAUGACAAGCUUCUGCUUGUGCAAGCAUUGAGGAGAAGGGGUCAUGUUGUUGCUGUAACUGGAGAUGGCACUAAUGAUGCUCCUGCACUGCACGAGGCUGACAUCGGUCUUGCAAUGGGUAUUCAAGGGACUGAAGUUGCCAAAGAGAGUUCAGAUAUCAUUAUCUUGGACGAUAAUUUUGCUUCAGUUGUGAAGGUUGUUAGAUGGGGUCGAUCUGUAUAUGCAAAUAUUCAGAAAUUCAUCCAAUUCCAGCUUACAGUCAAUGUAGCAGCACUAAUUAUAAAUGUCGUGGCAGCCAUUUCAUCUGGUGAUGUACCGCUAAAUGCUGUUCAGCUUCUGUGGGUGAAUCUUAUCAUGGAUACUCUUGGAGCACUAGCAUUGGCUACGGAGCCACCUACAGACCACUUGAUGGACAGACCCCCUGUUGGUCGAAGAGAGCCGCUCAUAACAAAUAUAAUGUGGAGGAACUUGUUGGUUCAGGCUUUCUACCAAGUCACUGUCCUACUUGUCCUCAACUUCCGAGGAAUAAGUAUACUGAAGCUACAUGGUUCCAAUGCUAACACAGUGAAGAAUACUCUGAUAUUCAAUACAUUUGUCCUAUGUCAGAUUUUCAAUGAAUUCAAUGCUCGAAAGCCUGAUGAGUUCAAUAUAUUCAAGGGGAUAACCAAGAACUACCUUUUUAUAGGAAUAGUGACAGUAACUCUUGUACUUCAGAUUAUCAUAGUCGAGUUCCUUGGGAAGUUCACUAAAACAAAACCACUUACUUGGAAUCUUUGGCUGAUUUCAGCUGUAAUAGCUUUUAUCAGUUGGCCUCUUGCUGUUCUCGGGAAGCUGAUUCCGGUUCCAGAAACUCCUCUCUUCAAGUAUUUUACAAGAAUGAUCCCUGGGCGAAGAAACAGUCCAGAGGGUAGUCAGUAGGAAGUGUGAAGAUAUACUGCAGUUACAGCAGCGGGUUUCAUAGUUUUCUGGAUCUGCAUCAUUCUCUUUUUCGGUUUUUGGCUUGACAGAUCAUAUUUCACAGAAUCCACAAACUAAUAUUUUGUUAAGUUGGGUAUGUACUUGCAGCGGUUCAGCUUUACAGAAGCCAUACUCGGUUUGGUCUCCACUGACCGGAAUUUUACGUGUGCAGUUUAUGUACUUAAGGACUGAUUUGGGGUUUUACAGUUCGACUUGUUUUUGGAAUGAUGGAUUAGUCUAUAAAAAAAUAAAAAUUUCAACCUAAA